UCUUCUGAAUUGGGCGUGUGGUAGUCAAUUUUUUUCUCCAUUUCGGGCUGUAGUCCAACAGCUGCAGUUCCCUUCUGUGUGCUGCGUCGCUGACAGAAAGCCGCAUUUGCUUACGGUGUUAUAGUUCUUGUCUUUGCACCCGAGUUAAAUAGUGUAUUUAACUUAACACUGCAACACAAAAAGCAGAAGGACAGCGGACGACUUAUCUGGAAAUCAAGGCGGUGUCUCCUUGCCCAGGCAGCAGCAUGUCCCUUCCCACUGACACUGAGCUGAAGGAGCUCAGUCCUGUGGACUUCAUCCAGCUGCAGCAGUACAUUGACUACUGCAGGCUGAAGGUGAAGGACGUGAUGAAGGAGUUUGAUGCAGACGGCCAGCUGGCUCAGCACCGAAACGGAGAGUGCAUUAAGGAGGAGGGCUUCCGGCUCUUUCUCAAGGCCUACCUGGAGGUGGAGGAUUUCCCAGCAGACCUCUGCCAGCGCCUCUUCCGUUCCUUCCAGACUUCCGAGACCGCCGGACCAGACGGAACGGAGCCUUCCACUGAAAGGGAGGUCUUCCUGAAGGACGUUUCCUGUUACUUCUCCCUGCUGGAAGAGGGACAGCCUCGCGAGAAGCUCGAGUUCACUUUCAAACUGUAUGACAAAGACGGCAAUGGAGUCCUGGACAGUUCGGAAGUUGAUCGGAUUAUAGCCCAAAUGAUGCAUGCUGCAGAUUACCUGGGCUGGGAUGUGACUGAGCUCAGGCCGGUGCUGAAAGACAUGAUGACAGCCAUCGAUUCUGACAGCAGUGGCACGGUGUCCUUGGAGGAGUGGGUGGAGGGAGGGAUGAACAACGUGCCCCUGCUGGUGCUGCUGGGACUGAAGAUGACCCAAAAAGACGGGCAGCACCUUUGGAGGAUGAAGCAUUUCAACAAGCCGGUGUACUGCAACGUGUGCCAGAGCAUGCUGCUGGGACUGCGCAAGCAAGGGCUCUGCUGCACGUGCUGUAAAUAUACGGUCCAUGGGCGCUGUGCCAACAAGAACCCGUCCCCCUGCACCCGCACUUACGUCAAAUCCAAAAAAGACACUGGGAUAGCAGCUCAUGACUGGGUCGCAGGGAACUGUGACUCUGGGAAGUGUGACAGGUGCCAGAAGAAGAUUAAGAGCUACCAUGGGCUGACGGGGAAACGCUGUGUUUGGUGCCACAGCAUGAGGCAUGAUGAGUGUGUGUCGCAGGAGCCUUCCGAGUGUAACUGUGGGCCUCUGAGGGACCACAUCCUGCCCCCCUGGGCCAUCUACCCCGUUGUCAAGGAGAGGCCCAACAGCUUGAAGAACGGCUGCUCCAGUGCAGCGGAGGACAGUGAGCUGCAGAACACCACACCGGAUGGGCAGGUUCUGCAGAUUAGCCCUGUUCCACACACACACCCCCUCCUGGUGUUCGUGAACCCCAAAAGUGGAGGCAAGCAAGGGGAGAGGGUCCUGCGCAAAUUCCAGUACCUGCUGAACCCGCGGCAAGUGUACAACCUCUCUACCGGAGGACCAGGACCUGGGCUCCAUUUCUUCAGGAACCUGGAGGACUACAGGAUCUUGGUGUGCGGGGGGGAUGGAACUGUGGGCUGGAUUCUUGACGCUAUAGACAAGGCCCAGCUGCUGGUGCGCCCCCCGGUGGCCGUGCUGCCCCUGGGCACUGGGAACGACCUGGCGCGCUGUCUCCGAUGGGGCGGAGGGUAUGAUGGGAUGGAUCUGGGGCGGAUCCUGAAGGAGAUCGAGAGCAGCUCCCAGGUGCUCAUGGACCGCUGGAGCGUCCAGGUGAUUCCCGAGGACAGCCAGGAGAGAGGGGACCCCGUGCCUUACGAGAUCAUCAACAACUACUUCUCCAUCGGAGUGGACGCCUCCAUUGCCCACCGGUUUCACAUGAUGCGGGAGAAGCACCCCCAGAAGUUCAACAGCAGAAUGAAGAAUAAGCUGUGGUACUUUGAGUUUGCCACCUCAGAGACCAUUUCUGCCUCCUGCAAGAAGCUGAAAGAGUGUCUCACUAUAGAGUGCUGUGGGACCCGCCUUGACCUGAGCAGCCUCUCCCUGGAAGGUGUGGCUAUCCUCAACAUUCCCAGCAUGCACGGUGGCUCCAACCUGUGGGGCGAGGUCAAGAGGGUGGACAGCAAGGGUUUGGCCAAUCAGGAGAUCCCAGAGGUCAUCGUGGACCCAGACAUCCUGAAAACAAGCCAGCAAGACCUGAGUGACAAGCGGCUGGAGGUGGUGGGGCUAGAGGGCGCCAUGGAGAUGGGACAGAUCUACACUGGACUGAAGAGCGCCGGGAGCAGGCUGGCCAAAACAUCCCAGAUCACCAUCAGGACAAACAAACCCUUGCCCAUGCAGAUCGACGGGGAGCCCUGGAUGCAGCCGCCCUGCACGAUCCACAUAACACAUAAGAACCAGGCCAGUAUGCUGAUGGCUCCCCCUGCCAGAUCAUCAAGCUUCUUCAACCUCAAGUAGACCACUCCCCACCUGCACACCCCUAACCCCCCCCCUCCACAGCUGACAAGCGGAGACGCUUUGCCUGUGUGCUCAUGUUCUGCCUCAAAAGGAAUCUGAAGCUGUCACGUGUGCAAAAGCUGCCUGUGUAUAUUUCAGCAAAAAUAUACGAUAAUAGGUUUGACUAUAUCACUGCCUGCACAAAGCUACCAAACUACCAACCCAGUUUAGCGCACUCUCCCUUAAAAAAAAAAAAAAAAAAAACAUUACUAAAAAGAGGACGGAAUUAAGCUGUGCCCCUUGGGGAACGUCUGUUCUGAAUCUCACUCGGCACUUGGACAGGUACUGUAGUGUGGUUUGAGUGUGCAUUUUAUGUCUGUCACUCAUGUUUCCCUUCUGCUUUCAGCAUCAUUAACCAGCAUUGUGCUGACAUGCCCGUAGUGUACACUGUCCAUUACUCAGGAGGGUUUGUGCUCGCUCGGACUGAGAAAAUGGACGGAUCCAUCUUGUGUUUUUAUGCCCCAUUCCAUAUUUUAAACUUUAGUCAUUUUAUGAUCUGUAAAUUCCUCACCAUACAUCUAAGUUACACAGGACACGCAUAUUUGACUUAGCCUGCCGUAGAAUCCAUACUGCUUAUUUAUUGCCUGUUUGCUAAACUGUAUAUUUUAAGAAUCCCCUUACAAAUCCUGAGAAAGAUGAUUGUGUCUCCCUGAAUAGAUGUUCUGUUAAUUUAAAUAAAGUAUGGUGAAAUAUUUUA